CCGGCCGGAAGAGCCGGGCAGCGGAGCAGCUGCUCCCCGCGCUACUCGCCGCUGCGCGGGAGAGAGCGCCGGCCGCGCGAUGCGGCCCCUGGACAGCUCCGGGGCAGCCGAGGUGCCAGAGCCCGGGCUGCGGCUGACGGACGACGCGCCGCAGGGCGCGAUCGAGGAGCCCGCGGCGGCCGAGGCAGCGGGGACGCCCGGUACCGGGAGGUGCUGGCUGUUCGGCUCCUCGCCGUGCGGCUUGUGUGCUCCGCAGGAAGCCAAGAAGAAAGCACCCUGUCCUGGACUUGGCUUGUUUUAUACAUUAUUGUCCGCCUUCCUUUUCUCAGUGGCCUCUUUAUUUGUUAAAAAAGUGCAAGACGUCCAUGCUGUAGAAAUUAGUGCAUUCCGAUGUGUGUUCCAAAUGCUAGUCAUUAUCCCUUGCUUAAUAUACAGAAAAACUGGGUUUAUAGGCCCCAAAGGUCAACGAAUUUUCCUCUUGCUCAGAGGAGUCUUGGGUUCUACGGCCAUGAUCCUACUGUACUACGCUUUCCAGGCCACAUCUCUCGCCGACGCCACUGUCAUCACGUUUAGCUCGCCCGUGUUCACAUCUAUCUUUGCUUGCAUAUUUCUCAAGGAGAAAUACAGCCCUUGGGAUGCCCUCUUCACCGUCUUCACCAUCACCGGCGUGAUCCUUAUCGUGAGGCCCCCGUUUCUGUUUGGCGCCAGCCCCGCGGGCGGGGGCGAGAGCUACUCCCUUCACCUCAAGGGCACGAUCGCAGCGGUUGCGCACGCUGUGUUCGGCGCCCUGACCCUGGUCAUCCUCAGAAAGAUGGGGAAGUCCGUGGACUACUUUCUGAGCAUCUGGUAUUACGUCAUCCUCGGGCUCCUGGAGAGCAUCAUCAUCCUCUUCAUCAUCGGGGAAUGGAGUCUGCCGUACUGCGGCUUGGACAGGCUGUUUCUCAUCCUCAUCGGCCUGUUUGGUUUGGGGGGUCAGGUGUUUCUCACGAAAGCCAUCCAAAUAGAAAAAGCAGGGCCAGUGGCAAUAAUGAAGACUAUGGACGUGGUCUUCGCUUUCAUCUUCCAGAUUAUUUUCUUUAACGAUGUGCCCACGUGGUGGACGGUGGGCGGGGCCCUGUGCGUCAUAGCCAGCAGCACCGGCGCGGCGGUACGGAAGUGGUGCCAGGGUUCCAAAUGAGGCUUUGCUGCCACGCGCACGGUCCCGGGCAGACACGCCACGCGUGCACACAGCUGGAAAGUCCGCAUUUCCUUCACUGGUCAUACUUAAUAAAUUUCGUAAUUAAAGUACUAUUUUUGAAUAUGGUAUGUCUUUAAUUAGCUAAGAAUUUAGCUAGUCAGUGUGGUAGCAAUUUUUUUUCUUAAUUGUUUUGGUUUUGGUUUCGGUUUUUUUUUGCUGUUGGGGUGGCAUCGGUAAGAGGACAAAAAAAAUGUUCUAUGACUGGUAUAAAUAUAUGUAAUUUUUUAAAGUGUAUUUUUGGUACUGAUGGGAUAUAUGUGGGUAGGAAAUUUUAGAUGCCCUUUGAGCUGUGUAGAUGCUAAGAAACUUACUGAUUAUAAUGCUGCUAUAAUUGGUAUUAUGUUAGAAAUUCAUUUGAAACCUACUUCCAUUUCGGAGGCCAAAGCUGAAACUUGGAAUAGGUGCCUACUUAAUGGUGUUAAUAAAACAAAUAAAUUAGCCUUAUUUUCAAGGCUUUUAUAAAUGAUUAUCUUUCUUUUAACCCAUAUGAGUGCCUUUUCAUUUUGAUGCCAGAAUUUUUAUAUGUAAACUUUAAAAAAAAAGUUUUUAAUCACCAGGUUUGGCUAGAAGUUUUCCGUUUCAGUGGCAUUCACGACUGUAGCUAUCAUUCUAUAAUUUAAGUUGUCCUCUGUUUUUUUGAAACUGCACUACAUUUUUCUUAACUUUCUAAGAUUUCAGGUCUUUAAACCACAAGAGAGAAAUCUUGGCAUAGCCAGUGUGCACAUUUCCAUGCUGAAGUAUUUUCCCCUCACUAGAAAUGUGAUUUUCUAUAAAUUCUCUUUGAAUUUAUAGUGUGAUGCCAAAUAAGAUUUUCUCAGGAUAUUAGGUUGAGCCAUAUGAAAUUGCUGAAAUUUUACCUUUUUAACUUACAAAAACAGUGGUUUCUUAUGGUUCACCCUAAUAGAUACCUCCCUUACCCUCUCUGCACCAAAUAUUUAGAAGACUGUGGCAUAUAUUUUUUUAAGACAACUUUUUAAAAUACAGUAAUCCUAUUAAAUUUAUUUUUGUAGUCCUUUUCCCUUAUAGAAUUACAUGUAAUAAUGCUUCACGUUACUUGUUAAAUGUAAAGAUAUGAAUCCAUGGUUGAUUUUUGUAGUUUCUUGAACA